ACUAACACUACUCCCUUAUUACCACCACCAUCAACUUGUAUAUAAACACCAGUUCCCGGUCUAAGCUUAUCCAAAUCAACAAAAACACACACAAAAAACACACAGUUAGUCAGUUGGUAAUAGUUUGUGAAGAUGGAGAGGAAAAUAAUAGUAGCCGUAGACGAGGGGGAAGAGAGCAGCUAUGCGCUGUCCUGGAGCUUGAAGAACAUCUUUUGUUCUUCCAGUGAUACGCUUAUACUUCUCUAUGCUAAGCCUCCGAGAACUGUCUAUCCUUCUGUUGAUGGUACAGGUAGGCCCUCCGAUAUUUUGUUGCGUCAAGGGUAUUUGUUUUCGCAAGAUAUUGUGGAUACUAUGGAGAGGUAUGGUAAUGAGGUGGCGGAGUCCGUGAUCCGCAAGGCUAAAAAACUUUGCCAAGACUAUCCUCAGGUUAAGGUGGAGACGAAAGUAGAGUGUGGAGAUGCAAGGGAUGUGAUCUGCGAGGCGGCGGAGAAGCUCAAGGUUGAUAUGGUGGUGUUGGGCAGUCAUGGCUACGGUGCUUUGAAGAGGGCAUUUCUUGGAAGUGUGAGCAACCAUUGUGCACAAAACAUCAAGUGUCCGGUUUUAAUCGUUAAGCGACCCAAGAAAGCCUCUCCGUCGUCAACUCCGGUGGCUGCCAUGGCUGCUAGUUCAGCUGGUGGAAAACAGGAAUAAAUCUACAUCAAGCUCUUUAAUAUCUCAACACUUUGUUGUCUUCAAUUUAUUUUGUUUGUUUAUGGGGUUUAUGUGAUGUAGGUGUUUGCACAUACGAUAUAUCAAUAAUAAUUUCUUUAAUUA